AUGGAUUUUGUUCCAAACGAAAUAAAAGAAGUGGCUAUAAGUAUUGAUAGCAACUUAAAAAUGGCUGAUUCAAUACGAAGGCGACGUUUGGAACAACGAGAUUAUGGUGGAAGAGGUUUAGACGAUUCUUUAAUAACGAGCGAAGAUUUAAUGGCCACUGAACCAGAUUUUGACGCAGCUGUUAUUGGUGCACAUCUUCCGCAUAUUUAUCGUUUAGGCAGCUUGAAAGAAUCGAACGAUAAUGAUGACGGUAAUGAUGAUGAACAUAAACUGCUUCUUCAGCAUGAAAAGGUUUCAGUCGACCACUCAUUAUCAUGGUUCAAAAGGACGAAAAAAUCAUUACACGGCGAUUUUACAUCGAUUUGUCUAUUGCUGUUUCUUUAUUUACUUCAGGGUAUACCUCUUGGUUUAAUUGCUGCGAUACCUUUGGUAUUGUCAAGUAGAAACGUGUCAUUUGCUCAACAGGCUGUUUUCUCAUUCGCUUAUUGGCCUUUCAGGUAA